AUAUACUUAACAUGUGGCAACAUAACCUCAUGUGUCAAAAUUUCACAAACAAAAAUAGAAAUUUUUAUUUAUAUUGUGUUUAUCGAUAUUUAUAAAUAUAAUUAACGGUACUAAAAAAUAAUUCUAUAAUAUUAAAUAAGAAUUGUUAUUUACGAACAUUUUUGUAAAAAUGGAAAAAAAAGAACAACAAAUGUUCCAGCCUUUACCAGCAAAAAUUAUCAAUAAAGUAACAACAUAUGAAGGAAGAGAAAAAUAUGUUUUAAAAUUUCUAAACGAUACUUUACCAGCAUCGGACAUUAAAAAAAUACCAGAUGAAAUGAAAAAAACAUUUUUCUUCAGUAAACAUAGAUCGAAAGAUCAAUUUAAAAAGAAGCAUAAAAAACGAUCAUUCUCGGGAAUGAGGAAAAAAAUUCUUUUAAAUUUAAACAAAGGAAAACAUAAAGAAUUACUAUUUACAGAUCUUAUUCCCUUAAAUACAAUUUGGUUAGAUUAUAUGCGAAAUUUGCUUGGAGUGAAGAGUUUCAAUAAAAUACCAAAUAAUCCUUUGGAAUCAAAUUGGGAAACUGUGAAUCAAAAAAUAAUGAAAGCUGAUUAUCAUGGAGCAAAAAUCUUCGUUAUCAGAUCAAAAUGUCCCAGUUUAAUUGGAGUCAAUGGAAUUAUUUUACAGGAUACAAAAAAUACUUUUAGAUUGAUUGGAGAAGACGAUGUUAUUCGCACUGUUCCAAAGGAGACAUCGAAAUUUCAAAUUAUAUUAGAUAAUGUUCAUUUAGAAGUUUUAGGAAAAGAACUUUGCAUUCGACCAGCUGAGAGGUCAGUUAGAAAAUUCAAAAAUACUCAAAUACCCGAUUUAUAAACAAGUAAAUUAUUAAAUUUGUAUAUUAUUUGAAGUAAUAAGUAAAAUAGAAAAUAUUUUUUAAUGUCAAUAAUUUCCAAUUUUAGUUAAAACAAUAAAAUAUAAAUAAUAUUAAUUUUAAUUAAAUAUAAAAUAAAUAAUUUCAGUUUCAUUAAAACCAAAAAUCAUAUUAUUUAUUGAGUUUUAAAAUUUACAUUCUAAAUAUAUGUGAAACAAAGACAAAAAAAGAAAAAAAAAAAAAUCAAAGCAGGAAGUUGACAUUGAAAAUAAUUUCGAAACACGCUUCAUUUUUAUUUCAAACUAUUCAUAUAUAGCAUUUUCUGCACAUUUCAUUACAUAUUACAAUUGGAAACAAUAAAAUGUGUCCUGCACCACAUUGAUCAUGCAAAUCAAUUAAACAUAUUCCAUUUUUUCGUCUAUAAUUUAUUUUUCUUUUAUUUUUCCUUUCGUUAAUACGAUUUGUUUUUUUUUUAAAUUUGUAAUAUUAUAUUAUAUGUAUAUCUACUACUUACACGUUAUAUUAUUAUUAUUAUUAUUAUUAUUAAUUACCAGUUUAUAAUAUAUAAUUAUGUAUUUAUAAUAUAUAUGUAUAAUUAUCGAUCUUGUUUUUGCUCUCGUUUGUUUGUUUUUUUUUUUCAUCCAAUAAUUAUAAUUCACAAAUAUUCAAAUAAUUAUAUGAUAUAUCAAUACAAUAACAACUUGCGUCAGAACCACAAACGUUGCGGUUCAAAUAAUUGAAACAAAUUCAUUCGUUCAAGUAUGUUGGUUUUUUUUUUUGUUUUCAAGGAUUUGAUUUCGAAAAUACAGUGCAAGGACAAGAAUUUUAGAGAUUUUUUUUUUUUUGGGAAUGUCAUAAUCUUUCACUCGUGUCCAUCUACCUUUACUGUUUUUCAAAAACUAAUACCUAUAUGCGUAUUUACCGGGAUUGAAAAAUGUCAAACACUCGUGAUAUCUCAGAAAUUAAGUUUGGAAAAAAAAAAUUGUUGCUGUCGUUUUUUCUAUCUUUUUCCUUACAGGACGAAUUUUUGUCCAAAUAGUCAAGACCCUCACAUAUUCUAUAGAAUGAAUUGUAUAGCAGUGAAACGAGAAUAAAAUCUCAUUUCCUAAAAGUGCUUUAAUAGAAAAACAAUGUUUUUGUUUUUACUAAAGUUUACUACACGAUAGUCAAAAAAGACUUUUCUUUCUCUUUUUCUCAAGGCAAUAUUUAAUAUAUAUUAAAGUCGAUCUAAACAGUUUUUUUUAAAAAAAAAAGAAACCAAAAACAAAGCAUUUACAAAAUAUUUAAAAAAUUCUUUUUCUAUUUUUAUUUAAAAAAAAAGAGAAAAUACUACUCGAACUAUUUUUAGUUACACUGAUUAAAGACGCCACGCUGGGGGGAAGGGUGUUCUAAUUAAAUUAGAGACGUAACAAUUCUAUAUUAAAAAAAAAAAGUUAUCUCAAAAUCAAAAGACUUCAAAAGUUAUAUUUUUUUUUCUCUUGCAGUUUAAAUGAAAAUUCUAUCUAACAUACGUCUGGACAAGUAUAACAAAAUAUACGACGGAACAAAUAACAGAUAGACAAGCAGCUAGAUUGUGAUGUUAACUGCCAGUUUAACAAAUAAGUUCAAAAUAUUCUAAAACUUAAUUCCUUUAAAGAAUUUUUUUUUUUCCUUUAAAAAAAGAAAAUACUUUUUAUAAUUCAAUGACUCGUGUCAUUAUGUGAAUUUCAUUUUUUUUUUCUUUUAACGAUCAAGCUCCUGAAAAGUUACGAGUUGCAUGAAAAUUUGUUUUGUGUACAUCAAGAUUUAUAUUCAAAUUACUCUUUACGUGAAACAAAUUUUGUUUUGUUGGGUUAUUUAUUAUUUUUGCUUUUUCUGGAAGAGGGACGACGUAGAGUAUUUCGGAAGUCAUGCCACAAGCAAACUACACACACCUGACACAAUCAUAUUUUUUUUUUUUUUUUUUUUUAUACAA